AUGAUCGUUAGUAUCAACACGAUCCAUCUGCCUUUCGCAGCCGAAUUGAAGUUUCCCCAAGGGUUGGCCAGGGGAGAAGUUCUAACGCUUCUCGUGGGUGAAGGAAACGUCGAGAAUUUCCCGAAGGCUGAUGACAUCAGAGUCGACCCGCUUUCGAAAGUUGUGCACAUCGGUUUGAGACCGUUGGAAAAGAGAAGUGAGCCACAGCAGGAGGAGGACUCGGUGGAUCAGCCGCGAUCGCAUCAGCUGCCGCAGCGGGAUCGGGAAGAGAUCCCCGCAGAAGUCGGAGGAAAAGAGGAACAAGCGCCCGCCCUUCACCAGGAGAAUCCUCAGCCAAACUCAAUCGACGAACCGAAGGAGCAAGAACAAGACGAAUCGUGUAAGACCACCCAAGCAGACUCAGACGACAAGAUUUACUGUCAAAUAUGCCUGAAGAUAAACAGAAAACUGCGUUUCAUGAAUCCACAUGCGCUCGAGACUCACAUGAACAACAAUCACAGCGUCGAAGUUUUCGAAGCGCCCGAGUGUCGCAAAUGCUCAAAGAAAUUCGUGUCCGCUGACGCUCUUCUGAACCACGAGAAGAAGUGCAACCCGAAGUUCCCGAAGAAGUGUCAGGUUUGCAGCAAAAGCUUCGCAAUGGGCCUACAUCGAGAUCGGCAUCUACGUGAAGUCCAUGGUAUCAUAAAGGAGCAUUCGUGUGGAAUCUGCGGUCAGAAGUAUCAAUCGGAGAAGCAUCGCGAUUGGCACCUUGUCACGAAACACAAGGAUUCGCUUUCAGUGGAUGAAUUGGAAAAGUUGGGCAUGGAGGAGAUUUUUUGUACUCUCUGUGAGUUCCGCUCGUACAGCUCGAAAGGUAUGCAGGUUCAUCGACAGAAGGAGCACAUCGAGAACGAGAAAGCUUUCCGUUGCCCUGCGUGUGGUGUUGGAAACGACUCUCUGGCUGGUAUACAGGAACACAUAAACGAGAAACACGGCCCCGACGACCGAUGGUGGAUCUGUCAGUUCUGUAAUCGAACAUUCCACCGUGAGAAUGCUGACGUGAUAGAACUCCAUGUAGAGCAACACGAUCGGAAUACAGGUGUCGUUUGUAUACACUGCAACAAGGUUUUUGAAACCGAAACAGCCAUGUUGGACCAUGUAAAUAGAAAUCACGACAAGAAUACCAUGCCAUACAUAUGCGACAUCUGCGAUCAAGGCUCGGAGAGCUAUAAGGACCUCCUGAAGCAUAUGCUCAAGCAUAAUCCAUUCAAAACGUCUUUGUACAGACUGCAGAGACAACACAUCGUCAAGAGGAACAUCGAAGAAGGCAUUAUGUUCAAGAAAGAAACCAGACAACAAACAGAUCAAGUUUACGGCUGCGAUGUUUGCAACAAGCAAUUCGAUCUCGAAGCCACCCUCAUGGCGCAUCGGAUAGUUUUCCACAACGAUCCCGGCAAGGAAUUCUAUAGAUGUCCGGUUUGCAACAAAGCCUUCAAGCCUCAUCAUUUAUCCUAUCAUUUGAGAUUACAUUCUGGUGAAAGGCCUCACAAGUGCCAGUACUGCGAAGCGACUUUCCACACUGUCGCGUCCUGCAGUGAUCAUGAAAUCGUGAAACAUACGUUCGCCUUCAAGCAGCGUUGUCCUUUAUGCAAUAAAGGUUUCGUGAGCAGGGCGAAAACUUGGCAACAUAUCGUACGUUUUCACAAAGAAUCACCUGAAGCGGCAGAUAAAAUUCUGCCUCCAGUGACCCACAAAGUUCUCAGUAUACUACAGAAACGGCGUCAGACCGAGGAAAUCAAGCAGCUGAUAGAGAACUCGUCGGAAAUCGACGACGAAUCACCGAGUGGCUCCAAGAGGAAGCGUGCCUCCGAGCUGCUCAAAGUCAGGCGGAAUGAUAGAGAACGCGAGUUCCAUGAGGAUGACAUCGAUUACGAUGACGAGGACGUGCAUGCAAUCGACGACGAGAUCCACGACGAGGGUCGAGAAGAGGAUGCAUUGACGUCGACUGAGGUGGAAAUAAGCGAUGGACCCUUGGAAGUGAGCGACGGUACCGUGAUAGAUCUGAAAGGAUUCGAAGAAACUGAAACUGUCGAGAUCCACGACAUCCCGCCAAACGUUGCUGUCGAGUACCCCCAAUCCGAAACGGGCUUGCAGUAUUUUAGAGUUGUCUACGCUGAUGGCACACAGGCUACGCUCCCAAUAGCACCCGGAGAACAAGUUGUCAUAGAAGAUGAGCACGGGAACCAGCAGAUCAUCGAACCUUCUGAACAGCCGGAUUAAAGCUCCGCGAUCUAAUAAAUCAACCAAUAUACACCGUUU